CAUACUUUGAUGACGUAGUACACUAUUGACUGUAGAAAGGAAGGAGCAGGUGGCUGAUCAAAUGAAGAAUAAACCCAAAUAAGAUGCCAACUCCUGCUGCAAAACGACUCUAUACACAGGCACCCGAUCCUGCAUCGGAGCCAGUUCAAACAGCAACAACUGUUGUCAUUCAACCUGGAUCUUACAACCUAAGACUUGGUAGAGGUUCCGAUGGACUGCCUAUCACAAUUCCACAUUGUAUUGCACGUAAGAAAAAGGACCCUAGCAAACCACUUCAGUCGACUCCGUGGAUUCUUCGUCCUGAAUGUCAGCAACCAGAAAGCAAAUACCAGCAAAGACAGGGGCUGAAGCAGGCAGAGGAAGCUCUAGCCUACAAGCCAACAUCUACUGGGGAGUAUAGACAGCCGACAUCACACAAACUGCUAUAUUCCCACAACAAUAAUGUCCGAGGACAGUUGACCGAGGUCAUUUGUCCACACAGGUGGACUACCAUUGACCAGAGUUUGCCUUUUGUAAUAGGAGAAGAGGCCUUAUAUAUGAACCCAGCAGACAAUUAUCAUCUUCAUUGGCCGAUGCGAGGCGGACAUUUAAAUAUUCACAAUGGACCAGGGGGAACACUGACAGCCGUCAUGGCUGACAUUGAGACCAUAUGGGGUCAGGCCAUCCAAACUCUGCUGGAUAUUCCUCUCAAAGAUCUCAAGCUAUAUAAAGCCCUCCUCCUGAUACCAGAUGUGUACAUCCACCAUCAUGUAAAACAUAUGAUGGACAUUCUGUUGGAGAAACUGGGCUUCGGGGCAGCUGUCGUACAUCAGGAAUCUGUGUGUGCCACUUUUGGUGCAGGGGUGGGCAGUGCCUGUGUGGUAGAUGUUGGCGACCAGAAAACAAGCGUGUGUUGUGUGGAGGAUGGAAUAUCUCACAAAAAUACCAGAAUAACAAUGGAAUAUGGAGGAAGUGACAUCACCAGGUGUUUCCAUUGGUUACUUGGGAAGUCUGGGUUCAGCCCACGUGAACUUGACCCCAGAAAUACAAUAGAUGGACUACUGCUGCAGGAAUAUAAAGAAUCAUACUGCCACCUAGACCAAGACAACUUUGGAGUGAAGGACAGAUCAAUACUUAUACGGAAACCAGAACAAAACAUUAUUAAAUAUGCUAUGAAGUUUGGUGAUGAGACAAUUCUGGCUCCCAUGAGUUUGUUUUUCCCAGACAUGCUCGGUCUACAAGGGUCUGAUCUCAUACAUGUCCAGAGUCGCUCCGAUGGUGACCCGGCGGACCCUCAUGACGAGUUCUUUCUCCGCCAGACCACUUCCAGGGAGGCAAAAUUAGCAAAGAAAAAAGACAACACAGAGAUGAGCCGAGACAACUCUGAGGCCAACCUAGGACAGCUGGACGACACACAGGUCCAGCAACAGAUGGACGAGGACUCCAACGAUGCUCCCGACAAUCUCCAAGUGACAGGUGGAGACGGCAACAAGGGGACACGGCGACUGGACAUCGAGGAGGAGCAGGAAAUGGAAUCUGAGCCAGUGUUACAACUGAUGGGGGUCGACCAGGCCAUUCUUCAGAGUAUAGACAGAUGUGGGAGUGACGAGGUGAAGAAGAAGAUGUAUAGCUGUAUCAUUGUGGUGGGAGGUGGGAUGAUGUUUGAGGAGGCCCAGCAGUGGCUGCAGUACCGGGUCUGGGUAGGCAUGCCUCCCCAGUACAGACUUAUGCUAGAAACCAUGGACGUACUCACACGACAGAAGGACAUGGACCCAACCCUCACCUGUUGGAAGGGAGCGUCUGUACUAGCCUGUCUGGACACCACACAGGAACUCUGGAUCAAACAGCACGAGUGGCGUCAGUUCAACGUCCGCAUGUUACGGGAAAGAGCCCCUUUCAUGUGGUGAUGAUCACAGGUUCUAUAUUCGAGGGUGGAAAUAAAACUUGGAAAAUCUGUGUGGCAGAUAGCAUUGCAGAAAUCACCAUCAGUUGUUCACGUGUUCAUUCAACAAAACCUUAGAUCAUAUUGAUCCAAGUUAAGCGUCAAGUGAAUAUUUCUUGAUCUGCAUUGAAUAAUGCAAGAAAUGAAUAGAUGUAGAAACAUGAUGAUUAAACAGGAUUCCUGUUCAGUGCUGCUUUUACACAAAGCUAGAGUAAGCAGUAUGGUACUCAUGUGCUAGUGAAACUCACAUGAUGGUUAAGAGAGAAGAUAGCCUUCUGAAAGUCAUUGUUAGAGAUCAGACUUACAGUAUGGAAGAAAACUUUAACACAUAAAUCUUAAUCAAAGUGACACUAUCUGCAUCUGAUGGAGUAAUGGAAAAUCACAGAAAAUGACCGAAAUAUCUUGACUGCAUUCACUAAUUUUGUGAAUCUGUUAGAAAUGUUGAUUAGUGGAUAAUAAGGUGUGCUAGUUCUCUUUGGGAUCCUUUUAGUAUCUCCUUUUAAAAUGUUACAUGUAUCAAUGAGGCAGAAAUAGAAAUUUUGUAAAAGAAGAUAGUCAGUUAUUCUUAACUAUUAUGCACAGAGGAAAUUAGUCAAUUAUUCUGAACUAUUAUGCACAAAGGAAACUGAAGAAUGUAACCAGCCAAAUCUCCACACACAAUAACCUCUGGCAUGACAAAGAGAGACUUUCCCUUCAUGUUCGAAGUAGUAUGACAGAUAAUGUAUAUAGUAUGGCAGAGUGUGACUUAUGAUACAUGAACAAAGUGUGAAAUGUGCUAUGAUAGGAAAUAUUUGAAUGAAAGUAUGUGUAACAGAUCAGAAUAAAAGUACAUGAUUGUGCUAUGAAUGAAAUAAAACAACAAUUGUUUUAACAUUGGAAAAGUUGUAUGUCAUUUUUUGUUU